AUGCACACCAGUGCUACAGCUGGCGGACAUUUUAAUUGGCGUAAAACUUUAGCGAAAAUCGCGCGAAAAUACUUUUGGCCACAUAUAUCCGAGCAGAUUUUCGCCCUUUCCAAAGCGAGUGAUUCCUGUCAACGCAAACGCGCCCAGGCACUCAAUCGCGAGAAAUUACUCCCAGUAGUUACCACAACCGUAUUCGAUAAGGUUUACAUGGACCUUACCGGCCCUUUACACACCUCCGAGUCAGGUAAUAAGUACGUGCUGGCCCUGUUGGACCACUUCUCCAAGUAUGUUAUCACAGCACCCUUAACGGAUUGCAGCGCGGUCACAGUAGCUCACGCCAUUAUGACUGAAUGUAUACUCAAAUUCGGUGUCAUGACGCAACUGAUUUCAGACAAUGCCUCCUACUUCAAAGGAGAGCUCAUAUCCGAGAUCGGACGGUUGCUACGCAUUGGACGAUAUUUUACCACUCCGUAUCACCACGAAGGCAAUGGAGCUUACGCAAACGAUCCUGGUCCCGGGCAGCCUGCUAAGCCUAGUGCUAGCCCUGCUGGACCCUCACCAGUGACAUCCUCGUCAGGAUUACCCGGCGAGGCUAUGGAAGGCGACUCGACAGUUACUCCUACACCAGCUGCAGGCAUGGAACAACUGACCGCGCCUACUCAUGUGCCACUCACCUCCGAGCCGAGAGAAAUGGAAGCAUUGAUGUCCACUUCUUCCACCAGUGCCGAGCGUGAAUCUUCCUCAACCUCUGAUCUUGGGGUCCCCGCACGCGAGGAGCAUGACAGCGAAUGGCUUUGGCUUGAAGAUCGUCUUGACCAGUUUGAUAGCUACAUUCGUGAUCCUCGCGCAGCGAAGAAGCGCAUGGCUCAUCUCUUUAGAGUUGCUUGUUCAGCACUCGCUGCGGCCGAAUCGUCUACUGAAGAACCUUGA